AUGGGUGAGCCUGUGCCGGACGACAAGUCCUUGGAGCUGAACGCCCAUUCUCGCUUCAUCAUUGGCUCCGUGUCUGAGGACAACUCCGAGGACGAGACGAGCUCGUUGGUGAAAAUCGACCUGCUGGAGGACAAAGAGCGGUCCUUGUCGCCGGUCUCCGUCAGCUCGGACUCGCUUUCCGACCUGGCUCCCUCCAGUGUCCAAGACGGGCUGGCCAGUCAUAUGAGGCCGAGUAUGUCGGGCCUCCACCUCAUGAAGCAAGGCCGAGACAGGAAGAAGGUCGACCUCCAGAGGGACUUCACGGUUGCGUCUCCAGCAGAGUUCGUCACGCGUUUCGGGGGGAACAAAGUUAUUGAGAAGGUUCUUAUUGCCAAUAAUGGAAUCGCAGCGGUGAAAUGCAUGAGGUCCAUCCGGCGCUGGUCCUACGAGAUGUUUCGGAACGAGCGAGCAAUCCGCUUUGUUGUCAUGGUAACUCCUGAAGACUUGAAAGCCAAUGCAGAGUAUAUCAAAAUGGCAGAUCAUUAUGUUCCAGUGCCAGGAGGCCCAAAUAACAACAACUAUGCAAAUGUGGAGCUGAUUCUGGAUAUUGCAAAGCGGAUCCCAGUGCAGGCAGUAUGGGCUGGUUGGGGCCAUGCCUCUGAGAAUCCCAAAUUACCAGAACUUCUCCACAAAAAUGGAAUUGCCUUUAUGGGUCCACCAAGCCAAGCAAUGUGGGCUUUAGGAGAUAAAAUUGCUUCGUCGAUAGUGGCUCAAACUGCAGGAAUCCCUACGCUUCCGUGGAGUGGCAGUGGUCUGCGGGUGGAUUGGCAAGAGGGCGACUUCCAGAAGCGCAUCCUCAAUGUCCCCCAGGAAUUGUACGAGAAGGGCUGUGUGACGGAUGUGGACCACGGACUGAGGGCAGCCGAAGACGUUGGCUACCCGGUCAUGAUCAAAGCCUCUGAAGGAGGAGGAGGAAAAGGAAUCAGGAAAGUGAACAGUGCCGAUGACUUCCCCAACCUCUUCCGACAAGUGCAAGCAGAAGUGCCAGGGUCCCCUAUCUUCGUAAUGCGCCUUGCCAAACAGUCUCGCCACCUGGAGGUUCAAAUCCUUGCAGACCAAUAUGGCAACGCGAUCUCCCUCUUCGGCCGAGACUGUUCAGUGCAGCGCCGACACCAGAAGAUCAUCGAGGAAGCUCCAGCAUCGAUCGCCACUUCUGUGGUGUUUGAACACAUGGAACAGUGUGCAGUGAAGCUUGCCAAGAUGGUGGGCUACGUAAGUGCUGGGACAGUGGAAUACCUUUACAGCCAAGAUGGCAACUUCCACUUCUUGGAGCUAAACCCUCGGCUACAGGUGGAGCACCCUUGCACUGAGAUGGUGGCUGACGUCAACUUGCCUGCAGCUCAGCUCCAGAUUGCCAUGGGGAUUCCUCUCCACAGGAUCAAGGAUAUCCGGAUGAUGUAUGGAGUCUCCCCCUGGGGAGACACCCCCAUUGAUUUUGAGAACUCCGCCCAUGUGCCUUGUCCUCGGGGUCACGUGAUCGCUGCCCGCAUAACCAGCGAGAAUCCCGACGAGGGAUUCAAGCCCAGCUCUGGGACAGUCCAGGAACUGAAUUUCCGCAGUAAUAAGAACGUCUGGGGCUACUUCAGCGUUGCGGCUGCUGGGGGACUUCAUGAAUUUGCUGACUCUCAGUUUGGCCACUGCUUCUCGUGGGGAGAAAACCGAGAGGAAGCCAUUUCGAAUAUGGUAGUGGCUCUGAAAGAGCUGUCUAUCCGUGGAGACUUCCGAACCACAGUAGAGUACCUGAUUAAGCUACUAGAGACUGAGAGCUUUCAACAUAACAGCAUCGACACUGGCUGGUUGGACCGACUUAUUGCGGAGAAAGUGCAGGCAGAGAGACCAGAUACUAUGCUAGGAGUAGUGUGCGGGGCUCUUCAUGUGGCCGACGUGAGUUUUCGGAAUAGCGUCUCCAACUUCCUGCAUUCCCUGGAAAGGGGCCAAGUCCUGCCUGCUCAUACACUGCUGAACACGGUGGAUGUAGAACUGAUCUACGAAGGGAAGAAGUACGUUCUAAAGGUGACCCGGCAGUCUCCCAACUCCUACGUGGUCAUUAUGAAUGGCUCCUGCGUGGAGGUCGACGUUCACCGGCUGAGUGAUGGAGGGCUUCUUCUAUCAUAUGACGGUAGCAGCUACACCACCUACUUGAAGGAGGAAGUGGACAGGUACCGCAUCACCAUUGGCAACAAGACCUGUGUGUUUGAGAAGGAAAACGAUCCAUCCAUUUUGCGUUCGCCUUCAGCGGGGAAGCUCAUCCAAUACGUUGUGGAAGACGGGGGACAUGUGUUUUCAGGCCAGUGCUUUGCUGAGAUUGAGGUGAUGAAGAUGGUGAUGACUCUCACAGCUGUGGAAUCAGGCUGCAUCCAUUAUGUGAAGCGUCCUGGUGCGGCACUAGACCCUGGCUGUGAGGCGGCCAGGCUGAGGUUCCUGAGGGACCCAGCUGAACUCCACACCGGCAUGUUGCCGCAGAUCCAAAGCACGGCUCUCCGGGGCGAGAAACUCCACCGCGUCUUCCAUUAUGUUCUCGACAACCUGGUGAAUGUGAUGAAUGGAUAUUGCCUGCCGGAACCUUUCUUCAACAACAAGGUGAAGGACUGGGUGGAAAGGUUGAUGAAGACCCUGCGAGAUCCCUCCUUGCCUCUCCUAGAGCUUCAGGACAUCAUGACCAGCAUCUCCGGGCGGAUCCCGCCCAACGUGGAGAAGUCCAUCAAGAAGGAGAUGGCCCAGUAUGCCAGCAACAUCACUUCUGUCCUCUGCCAGUUUCCCAGCCAGCAGAUUGCUAACAUCCUGGACAGCCAUGCGGCUACCCUGAACCGGAAAUCAGAACGCGAGGUCUUCUUCAUGAACACCCAGAGUAUUGUGCAGCUGGUGCAGAGGUACCGGAGUGGCAUUCGAGGGCACAUGAAAGCUGUGGUCAUGGAUUUGCUCAGGCAAUAUCUCAAGGUGGAAACUCAGUUCCAACAAGGUCACUAUGAUAAGUGUGUCUUCGCCCUUCGGGAAGAGAACAAGAGCGACAUGAAUGCUGUCCUCAACUACAUCUUCUCUCACGCUCAAGUCACCAAGAAGAACCUUCUCGUGACCAUGCUCAUUGAUCAGCUGUGUGGGAGAGAUCCAACCCUGACGGAUGAGCUGAUCAAUAUUCUGACAGAGCUAACCCAGCUCAGUAAGACCACCAACGCCAAGGUGGCACUGCGAGCCCGCCAGGUCCUCAUCGCAUCCCACUUGCCUUCUUAUGAGCUUCGGCACAACCAGGUGGAGUCCAUUUUCCUUUCGGCCAUUGAUAUGUACGGACACCAGUUCUGCAUCGAGAACUUGCAGAAACUUAUUCUUUCAGAGACAUCUAUCUUUGACGUGCUUCCGAACUUCUUUUAUCACAGUAACCAGGUGGUCAGAAUGGCAGCUCUGGAGGUGUAUGUUCGAAGGGCGUACAUUGCCUAUGAGCUGAACAGUGUCCAGCACCGCCAGCUGAAAGACAGCACCUGCGUAGUAGAGUUCCAGUUCAUGUUACCUACAUCUCACCCAAACAGAGGGAACAUACCCACGCUCAACAGAAUGUCCUUCUCUUCCAACCUCAACCAUUAUGGGAUGGUCCAUGUAGCCAGUGUGAGUGAUGUUCUCUUGGACAACUCGUUCACCCCGCCAUGCCAACGGAUGGGUGGGAUGGUCUCCUUCCGGACGUUUGAAGACUUCGUCAGGCUGUUUGAUGAAGUGAUGGGGUGCUUCUGUGACUCUCCUCCACAAAGCCCCACCUUCCCUGAGGCAGGCCACCCGUCCUUGUAUGAUGAAGAUAAGAGUGCUAGAGAGGAGCCCAUUCACAUCCUGAACGUUGCCAUUAAGACCGAUUGUGACAUCGAUGAUGAAGGCCUGGCGGCCAUGUUCAGAGCGUUUACACAGAGCAAGAAAUCUGUUCUGAUUGACCAUGGCAUUCGACGGCUGACUUUCCUUGUGGCACAAAAGGAUUUCAGGAAACAGGUCUACUAUGAGGUGGAUCAAAGAUUUCAUAGGGAAUUCCCCAAAUUUUUCACAUUCCGUGCAAGAGAUAAGUUUGAGGAAGACAGGAUCUACCGCCACUUGGAACCCGCCUUGGCUUUCCAGCUGGAGCUCAAUCGAAUGCGCAACUUCGACCUCACCGCCAUUCCAUGUGCCAAUCACAAAAUGCAUCUCUACCUGGGUGCAGCAAAAGUUGAGGCAGGAGCCGAGGUUACGGACUACAGGUUCUUUGUUCGGGCAAUCAUCAGGCACUCGGACUUGGUCACGAAGGAGGCAUCCUUUGAGUACCUACAGAACGAGGGGGAGCGCUUGCUUUUAGAAGCCAUGGAUGAGCUGGAGGUGGCAUUUAACAACACAAACGUGCGCACGGACUGCAACCACAUAUUCCUCAACUUUGUCCCCACCGUUAUUAUGGACCCAUCUAAGAUCGAGGAGUCUGUGCGGAGUAUGGUGAUGCGCUAUGGCAGCCGCUUGUGGAAACUUCGAGUCCUUCAGGCAGAGCUGAAGAUCAACAUCCGGCUGACGCCAACGGGCAAGGCAAUUCCCAUCCGGCUCUUCCUGACCAAUGAAUCUGGCUAUUACUUGGACAUAAGCCUGUACAAGGAAGUGACAGACUCCAGAACGGCCCAGAUUAUGUUCCAAGCUUAUGGUGAUAAGCAAGGGCCACUGCAUGGAAUGUUGAUCAACACUCCGUAUGUGACAAAGGACUUACUGCAGUCCAAGAGAUUCCAGGCUCAGUCGCUGGGAACAACGUAUGUCUAUGAUAUCCCCGAAAUGUUUCGACAGUCUUUGAUUAAACUCUGGGCUUCCAUGGAUGAGCUUGCAGUCCUGCCAGCCCCUCCUCUGCCCUCUGAUCUGUUGACGUAUACAGAACUGGUGCUGGAUGACCAGGGCCAACUGGUACAUAUGAACAGGCUGCCAGGAGGAAAUGAGAUCGGCAUGGUAGCUUGGAGAAUGACCCUCAAGACUCCAGAGUAUCCGGAAGGGCGGGAUAUCAUCGUCAUUAGCAAUGAUAUCACCUAUCGGAUCGGAUCCUUUGGACCCCAAGAAGAUCUACUCUAUCUUAGGGCCUCGGAGCUUGCUCGGAUACAGGGCAUCCCCCGAAUCUACGUGGCUGCCAACAGUGGUGCUAGGAUUGGUUUGGCUGAGGAGAUCCGCCACAUGUUCCACGUUUCGUGGGAAGACCCUGCCGACCCUUAUAAAGGGUUCAAGUAUUUGUACCUGACUCCUCAGGAUUAUAAGAAAGUCAGUGCCUUGAACUCGGUACACUGUGAGCAUGUGGAAGAUGAAGGAGAAUCCAGAUACAAAAUUACAGAUAUUAUCGGGAAGGAAGAAGGUCUUGGAACAGAGAACCUGCGGGGAUCUGGCAUGAUUGCAGGAGAAUCGUCGCUAGCGUAUGAAGAAAUUAUCACUAUCAACCUGGUGACAUGUCGGGCAAUCGGCAUCGGGGCUUACCUUGUCCGGCUGGGACAGAGGACAAUCCAAGUGGAGAAUUCGCAUAUCAUCUUGACUGGAGCUGGAGCCCUUAAUAAAGUACUUGGAAGAGAGGUGUACACCUCCAACAACCAACUAGGUGGGAUUCAGAUCAUGCACAACAAUGGGGUGACUCAUACCACAGUCUGCGAUGACUUUGAAGGUGUCUACACAAUUCUCCAGUGGCUGUCGUAUAUGCCAAAGAGUGUAUUUAGCCCGGUCCCAAUGCUUACUGUAAAGGACCCGAUAGACAGAACGAUUGAGUUUGUCCCCACCAAGACGCCCUACGAUCCCCGUUGGAUGCUCGCCGGACGCCCUCACCCAACUCAAAAGGGCCAGUGGCAAAGUGGUUUCUUUGACUACGGCUCUUUUCUGGAAAUCAUGCAACCCUGGGCUCAGACAGUUGUGGUUGGCAGAGCCAGGCUUGGUGGAAUACCUGUUGGAGUCGUGGCUGUCGAAACCAGAACAGUGGAACUGAGCAUUCCUGCGGAUCCUGCAAAUCUUGAUUCAGAAGCGAAGAUCAUUCAGCAGGCUGGCCAGGUGUGGUUCCCCGAUUCGGCCUUCAAGACAGCACAAGCCAUCAAAGACUUUAACCGCGAAGGGCUCCCCCUAAUGGUCUUUGCGAACUGGAGGGGCUUCUCCGGAGGCAUGAAAGACAUGUAUGAUCAGGUGCUGAAAUUCGGGGCCUACAUCGUGGAUGGCUUACGGGAAUACAGGCAGCCUGUCCUGGUGUACAUCCCUCCCCAAGCAGAACUGAGAGGAGGCUCCUGGGUGGUGAUCGAUCCCACCAUUAACCCUCGACACAUGGAGAUGUACGCUGACCGAGAGAGCAGAGGCGGGGUCCUGGAACCUGAGGGGACCGUGGAAAUCAAAUUCCGCAAGAAAGACUUGGUGAAGACAAUGAGACGAGUGGACCCCAUCUACACACGCCUGGCAGAGCGACUCGGCACCCCGGAGCUAAGCCCAGCUGAGCGGAAGGAACUCGAGACUAAGCUGAAGGAACGGGAAGAAUUCCUAAUUCCCAUUUACCAUCAGGUAGCCGUGCAGUUUGCUGACUUGCACGACACGCCCGGCCGGAUGCAGGAGAAGGGUGUCAUUACGGAUAUCCUAGAUUGGAAAACCUCCCGCACGUUUUUCUAUUGGAGGCUCCGGCGCCUUCUCCUGGAAGACUUGGUCAAAAAGAAGAUCCACGAUGCGAACCCUGAGCUAACUGACGGCCAGAUCCAGGCCAUGCUGAGGCGCUGGUUUGUGGAAGUGGAAGGCACCGUGAAGGCGUACUUGUGGGACAACAACAAGGACUUGGUGGAGUGGCUGGAGAAGCAGCUGACGGAGGAGGAGGGCAGCCGCUCGGUGGUGGACGAGAACAUCAAGUACAUCUCCCGCGACUACAUCCUCAAGCAGAUACGGAGUUUGAUCCAAGCCAAUCCGGAGGUUGCCAUGGAUUCCAUCGUCCACAUGACUCAGCAUAUAUCGGCGACUCAGCGGGCCGAGAUUGUGCGCAUUCUCUCGACCAUGGACUCCCCCGCCUCGACGUAGAAGCGGCUGCAGCGCCUGCGCGGAGGAACGAGCUCUGCUGCCCCCCUUCUUGCCUUCCUGACUUUUACAUCCCUUUGCGAGGGGAAAUGCUGGAAAAGGACUUUUUAAAUUUUCUCCAUUUAAAAAAAAGCCCCACGGAAACACAGAUCACAGACUCGAACUGGAGAGAGCGUCUCCUCUCCGGUUUCAAAAGCCUUCGGGAAUGCAGGCUCCCAACCAGUUAACUUAUGGAUGUCAUUCUGGUACCUAUUUAUUUAACAGAGUGUGAAUGGACCAGUGUGUCAGCUAACCGUUGUUUGUACAGCACUUUCAAGAGACGAUGACGGGUCCGUGGUACCCCGAGGUCUUACAGGCCCCUCCUGCCUCCUUUCUUGGUUUAAGGCCCCACCCCACCUACGUUUGUCUGGUGUGGUUGUCACUUCAUUAACCAUUCCUGCCCUCCCAACGCUCUCUGUCCAGUGUUUGCCAACAGUACCGGUCUGUGGGCCAGAAUGUAGUUGCCAACCUCCAGCUAUCCUGGAAUUACAGCUUUUCUCCAGUUCCCCUGGAGAGAAUGGCGGCUUUGGAGGGUGGCUUCUAUGGCAUUACACCCGUCUGAGGUCCCUCCCCAACCCUGCUGUCCCCUAGGCUCCGCUCCUGAAUCCCCAGGAAUUCUCCAGCCCAGAGUUGGCAUCCUUAGGCAGAAGCCUUGUAGCGCACCCUGUGCUUUGCCCGCCAGCUUGAGAUCCCUCCCUCUGCCUGCCCUCCCUUUUAUGUGCAGAAUUUAAAUCUGUCGUCGCUGUCUCCUUGGCUGGGCCAAAGACCUAAACUCCUUUGCCCUUGUCUGUUAGGUUUUUGUCUCCUGUGAGGAACAAAGAUCCUUUGCCUUAGAAGCGGCCAGCGAUCCUCUGUCACGUCCCACCUUCACAGCUAUGCCUGUGCACAGCGAAGGCCGUCUAAGAUGUGGCAUUCCCUUCAUUCCGCUUUGGAUGCGUACCCAGGAAAGUUCCAGCCUAAAGCUCCCUCGCUCUAGAACAAAUCAAGCAAGAGCCUGUUGUGGAAAUCCCUGCCCGUAGAUCUCUUAGGAGGGGAGGUUUUCUUUGUCGAUUCUUUGUCAUAUAAACUGCUUGGGAAGGGGGAGGGGAAAGGGUGUGUGUCUCUUCCAUAAAGAAACCGUUUCCAGAGUGCUGUAUGGGUAUCUCUUAAUGCAAUGGUUGUUCCAUACAGUCGGUAAGAAAGGCAUUGGGGUGGGAAAACGCAAAGGAGCAGGAGCUGGACUCCCGGGAGAUCGGAGAGAUGGGGGGGGGGUUUCCCCCACCUGAAGCUCUGCUCCUCUUUCCUCUUCCCCCACCCAAUUUAGAGUUAGGACUGAGUGGGGCUCCUGGUGACUGUCCACUCAGUCACAUACCCAGAUUAUCUGCCCUGUAAAUGCAUGAUAAAGCCAUAGGCACAAGUCUUGCUGUCUAGAAAAUAAUUGUUUUUGCAACAAAGUUUCCCCAAGAAAGGGGGCUGGCUCUUGGGUCCAGCUUGAAAGACGUCCACAACCAAAGCCUGCCCCUUCUUAGGCUGUUGGUCCCCCCCCCCCAGGUUUGUUUUUCCACUUAAUUCACAUCAGAUAUGGGGGGAGGAGUGUUUGAGGAAAUCCGUUCUGCUGCGUCUAGGUCCAAGAUGGCCUCUAGUGCGCACAGGAAGUCUGUGUUCCUUUUUAACAUUAACAGGUGGCCCUUUAGACCAGGGGUCUCCACUCCUUUUGAGGCAGUGGGAACCUUUGGAGUCCUGACACCGGGUGCAGCUGCAGAAUGGCUGCCACAGGAAACACAGCCAGCCACAAAAUGGCCGCCGCCGCUUCCC